AUUUAUUAUUUUAUAUCAUGUAUUUAUUAUUUUACAUUUUAAUUGAUUGUCACUUGACUGGUCUCUAGGGACUUUUAUUCUUUAAUGCCUCACCCCACCACUAGAUGGUGCUACUAACUUCUGUCCCGGUGCAGUGGAGCCGUGGCAUUGAACCUGCUCUGAGCUGUAAGGAGGAGUCAAGAACUGUGUCUUCUCACAUCACACACCUACUUGUGGCAAACGAGCACUGGACUGAACCGAAUACUGAUCUAUAUUCACUGUCAGGGCAAACAUUGAAGUAUUCAUAUAUUCCUAAUCAAUGCAGCAUCUUCAUGCACAGAAAGGCCCAGAAGAGGACAAACUUUGAAGACAAUAUAAACCAUGUCCAAUGGGAAAGAUGCAGCUGUUACAGAAAACUCCAGACAGAUGUCCCUACAGGGCUGUAUUGAAGAAUGCAUGGAGGCCUUGGAUCUGUUCCUCAACAACAAUUUUAAUGAGAGUUUGGACAAACUACGACCACGGUCUAAGGAGAGCAUGUACCAUGCUCUGAUCUAUGCCACAGUAUUAGAGAUGCAAGCCAUGAUGACCUUCCAACACGAUGACAUUGUGCAUGCUGGGAACACAAUGAAGAGCGCUCAAGAGGUGUGCCAGAGGUUUCGUAAGAAGUCUGGUGGUCUCGGGAGCCGAGGAGCAAACGAUGAUCUCUCGGAAGAGCAGCUCCAUGCUGAAGUGUGUUAUGCCGAGUGUUCACUACACAGGGCUGCUCUUUCAUUCUUACAGGAUGAGAACAUGGUGAGUUUCAUCAAAGGAGGAAUCAAAGUUCGGAACAGUUUCCUCAUAUACAAGGAGCUGCACGCCUUCAUCCAGUCAGAUACCUCUUUCAAAGGACCAAACCACAAGCAUUUACAGGGGGGAGUUUCUUUUGGAAUUGGAGCUUUCAACUUGACUCUUUCACUGUUUCCUGCCCGGAUACUCAAGCUGCUGGAGUUUGCAGGCUUUUGUGGAGAUAAGGAGUUUGGCAUCUCUCAGCUGUACGCCGGUGCUACCUCUCACACCCUGCGCUCUAUGCUGUGUGCUCUUCUCCUGCUCUGCUUCUACACGUUCCUCUCCUUUAUUUUGGGUACAGGAGAGGGGGAUGUAGAAGAUGCAGAGAAGCUUCUGAAGCCGUUCCAACUGCGAUACCCACGUGGAGCGAUUUUCCUCUUCUUUGCAGGUCGAGCAGAAGAGAUCAAGGGCAACAUUGAUGAGGCGGUGGCGCUGUUUGAGGAUGGCUGUAAGGCACAGCAUGCAUGGAAACAGUUCCAUCACAUGUGCUACUGGGAGCUGAUGUGGUGUUUCACCUAUAAGAGGCACUGGAAGAUGGCGUACUUCUACGCAGACCUGCUUAGUAAGGAGAGCCGCUGGUCGAAGGCCAUGUACGUGUAUAUGAAGGCUUCUUAUCUCAGCAUGCUUCCAGAGACAGAAGCUCGACCGUUCGGCGAUAAUGAGGUGGAUCUCUUUAGACAGGUCCCUACAUACAAACAGAAGAUAGCAGGCAAAUGUCCGCCCACAGAGAAGUUUGCCAUCCGUAAAGCUCGACGUUACAAAUCCAGUCAUCCAGUCAAACUUCCUGUUCCUGUGCUUGAGAUGAUGUACAUGUGGAACGGCUUCUCCAUGAUUUGCAAACAGCCUGAGCUCACAGGGGGUUUAAUGGAGACACUGUUAGAGGCAGAGCGCACCCUACAGGCUUCUCCAGAUAAUGAGUACACAUUGGAUGACACGUGUGUAAUCCGGCUUCUGAAAGGGCUGUGUUUGAAGAACCAAGGCCAGAUGCAGGCUGCUGAGGACUGUUUCAACCAGGUUUACACCAGUGAAAAGAAGCUGAAAUUUGAUCAUUACCUGGUUCCUAAUGCUCUGUUGGAGUUGAGUCUCCUGUAUAUAGACACGGGAAGGAAAGAGCAAGCUAUCAAACUACUCCAGAAAGCAAAGAAUAACUACAAAGAGUACUCGAUGGAGUCUCGUACGCAGUUCAGGGUCCAUGCAGCCCUGACUAAACUGAAAGCUGACACAAGUGACCAGGAUGAAAAUACAACACCAUUUUGAAGAAAGACUCUGAGGAUCAUGUGGUCACUUU